CUUUAUCCUGAUAGCCCAUUGCACACAGGCAGCGGGUACUGUAGAGCACAUGAGCAAAUGUUUGAUCAGAUUCCAGCCAUUUCCAGCCAGUUUAACCACGAAGCAGAAAACGUCGUGGGGAAGACGUGGGUUGAUGGCUUCGGCGACUUCGCCCUCUCCUGGGGGCGGAGAUGACAUGGAGAGACCGUCAUCAUCCCCAGAGACGAUCGGAGAUCCUGAGUCCCCACCUGACUCGCCCACCAUUGAGAGCUUAGCGGAGGAAGCCGAUGAUCCUAGCUCUCCUGAAUCGGCAGCAGAGUCGCAAGAUCAAAGCAAGAGGAAGAAGAAGAAGAAGAAAGACAGGAGAAAUCUUGAGGGCAGGAGGCAGAUGUCCAGAUCUGGAGAACUCAAAACCGCCACUAGUGUGGAUCAACCAGAGGCGACGCGUUCCGCCGGUACAGGACUCGGGGCGGAAGAUAUAGCGAAGGUCGCAGUGGCCCCCAAUUCCAAAUUUGUGAAGCUUCAAUCUUUCUUGAUGAAGCAGCAAGAAGACAGAAGCGCUGCAGGGAGAAUAGAACGACUUAUGAGGUCUACAAAGUACGAUGUCGCAACAGGUGUCAUUAUCAUGGUGGAUGUUGGGUUGAAUUGGAUGGACAUCGACAUCAGGGCAUCUGGGCGAGAUACUCCUUUGUGGCUUGAUGUCUCUGCGACCGUUUGCUUGGCAAUCUACACCAUAGAAAUGAUUGCUAUAACCGUCCUUCAUGGCCGUCGAGUUCUUCAGGAUAAAUGGUUUUUGUUGGACGUGGUCAUUGUGGGAUCCGGUCUCCUGCAGCUCUUCCUGAGUGCCAUUGGAAUAUCUGUGGAUGAGGUCACGCUCUUGAGAAUUUUGAGAGUCGUUCGAAUCAUGAGGCUUUUUCGCCUUUUCCGCAAAUUCCGCUUCCUGAAGGAGCUGAGGAAGCUCUUGAAGAUGACAGGGCUUUGCUUCAAGACUUUGUGCUGGUCCUUCCUUUUUUGCUUUGUGAUCAUGACAUCGUGGGCCAUGCUCGCUGUGGAGUUGUUGAGCCCCUUGAUGCCAGAGAUGAUCGCAAGGGGAGAAUGGGAGGAUUGCGAGUUUUGCACCAAGUCCUUAACUUCGGUCUUGUAUGCGAACCUGUUGAUCUUCAAGACCGUGGUGGCUGGUGAUAGUUGGGGUGACGUGGCAGUGCCUUUGAUUGAAGCUGACCCAUGGGUGGCGACCGGAAUAUUCAUUGGCUCCCACCUCACCAUUGUCUUCGGAGUGCUUAAUUUGGUGGUUGCAGUUGUCGUUGAUACUUUUGCCGAACAGCGCAUGCGAGAUGUGACGACCAUGGCAAUGGAAAUGGAUGAAGAUGCCGAGGAGGACCUACGAGACCUUGACAAGAUGUUCCUUGAAAUCGAUGCCAACAAUGACGGAACUUUGACCUUCGAUGAGCUCCUGGAAGGUGCAAUGAAAGUUCGCGAGUUUCAAAAUCGGCUGCGCGUAAUGGACAUCGACCAGAACGAUUUGCAGCAACUCUUUUUGAUGCUUGACCACGAUGGUGGUGGAACUAUUGAUCCGGACGAGUUCAAGAAAACCUUAUCACGAUGGGCAUUUGACUCCAAGACCACCACGCGCUUCGUACGUUACAACCUCCAGCAGCUGAUGAAUGAUCACAGCACAGCUGCCACCAAGAUUGCUCAAAUGGAAAUGCGCUUAGAAGCGGCCAUUGCGUCGACCGAACGCAAUGUCCGCAAGAGGACCCACUUGUCUCACCGAAGAAGGAGACACCGUGGGUCCAACUCACACCCACAAGCAGGUGCACAAGGCGAAAAUGCGGACGCUGGGAACAUCACUGGCCAGCUGAGCAACCGGCAGAUUUGCCAAGUUUAAUAGCUAUCAGUGGGUGCCCGCCCGAAUUCGCCAAGCCCACGACGGCCCGCAAUGGGGGCCCACGGGUAGUUUUGGGUGUGAUGCAACAUGAUGCAAGCUCUUCCCAUCGAGUUGAUUCUGCUGCCCCCUUCUGUUUUGUUUUGGUGCCUCGGCAUCAGUCGGGCGUGCAGCAAGUUUGGCCUCCCAUUGAACCAUAACUUC